UUGAUUCAGGAAUCCUUUUCGCCUUGGUCAGCCCCAGUCCAUUUAGUUCCCAAAAAGAGAGACGCAUCUGGUGAAAUGAAGUAUAGGAUGGUUAUCGAUUACAGACGUCUAAACGACAUAACUGUGGACGAUAAGUACCCUUUACCCAAUAUCACUGACAUUUUUGACAAACUAGAUCAAAAAUAUAUUGAUGCGUUUCAGAAGUGUAAGGAGCUUCUGACUAAUGCACCUUUACUCCAAUACCCAGAUCCAGACAAACCUUAUGUUUUAACUACAGAUGCUUCUACUGUUGCUUUAGGUGCGGUCUCAUCGCAGGGGACAAUAGGAUCCGAUAAGCCCAUUGCCUACGCCAGUAGAACUCUCAGCGACACUGAGACCAGAUAUAGUACAAUAGAGCGUGAACUACUCGCCAUAAUAUGGGCCGUAAAACAUUUUAGACCAUACCUUUACGGGCGUAAGUUCACCAUAUAUACCGACCAUAGACCACUAGUUUGGCUUUACUCACUUAAAGAACCGAACAGUAAACUGACCCGUUGGCGUUUACGUCUUCAAGAGUACGACUUCGAUAUUGUAUACAAAAACGGAAAACAAAAUAGUAAUGCUGAUGCCCUCUCUCGGAUAAAACUAAAUGCCAUAGACUCUGAUGACUCACAAUCAUUGGAACUAUUUAAAAAGGGAAUGGUAGAAUUUAUUGAAUGUACAGAGCGUGUUAUAUAUGUAGAAGACGAGAAAGAACAAAAAGAAAUCAUACUGCAACAUCAUGAGGGAAAGACGUGUCACAGAGGAAUAAAGGAAACAAUGAGUAGAAUUAAAAGAAAUUAUUAUUGGCAGAACAUGCAAGAGGCGAUUGCUGCAGUACUUAAUGUUUGUGAUGCCUGUAGAAAAAUGAAAUAUGAAAGAAAACCCAUUAAACCAUUACUUCAAUUAACUCAAACCCAAAACGCCCCCUUCCAAGAAGUUUUCAUGGACCUUUUUUCAAUUGAAUCCGUUUAUUACCUAACUUUGGUUGACGCAUUUAGUAAAUUAGGACAAGCUAUCGAAAUCCCAAAUAGAUCCGCACCGGAAAUCGUAAGAGCGCUUAUUAAAUAUUUUUCAAUAUACGGAACACCUAAAAAAAUAACUUCUGAUCCCGGUAGUGAGUUUAAUAAUGAUCUCAUUAAGGAACUUAUGACUAUGUAUAACAUACUACUACACAUUACCACUCCUAAUAACCCGAAUUCAACAGGCAUAAUAGAGAGAUUCCACUCCACAAUUAUAGAGAUAUACAGAUUGGCGAAAUACGAACGAAAGUGUACAGAUGCAGCUACUGUAAUGAGUUACUCAAUUAUAGCUUAUAACCACACCAUACAUAGUACAACCGGCCUUACUCCUUUCGAAAUCGUUUUCGGUCAUACUGACUCUAAUUCAACGUUCACCGCGAAUUUCGAGAAAUGUUACACCCAACAACUAUUAAAAGAUCAUGCUAAACGUACUAGAUAUCUAUAUAAUUACAUAUCGGAUAAAAUCUUAGAGAAAAAGGAAAAGGUAAGGGAACAAAAGGGCGGUGAAACAGAUAGAAAUUUUAGAAUAGGAGAUGUUAUAUACGCCAAGGAAUCUAACAUAAGAAGAAGUAAAGACAAACCGCGAUAUAGGAAAGCUGUCUGCCAAUUAAAAAUAUUAAACGUCCUCCACAGGUGGUGUAUAAUAAUUCUGACGAUGGUUCAGAAAGGAUGGGCCCUUCAACUUCGAAAACUUGAAAAAAACCCAGGAAUCCUGCCUGUCAAACUGGGUCGUGCCUCAUUGCAAAUAGACAAUUGGCUUAUUAUUAAAACUUUAAACUUAGAAGGUAUAGGUAGUGAUUUAGAUUUUAGUAUAUUAAAGUAUGACGAAUUCGUUGCGUUGAUAGAUGUUAAUAAACCAUAUAUUCAUGAAUUUUUAGCUAUUCGAACACAUGUAGGGUAUUUAAGAGAUGCAACUAUAGAAAAAUUUCGGCAACUUGUGCCAUCGAAAAGAUUUAAAAGAGGCAUUAUUGACCCGCUUGGGUCUAUGAUAAAAAUAGUAACUGGAAAUUUGGAUCAUGAUGAUGCCGUCCGAUAUGACUCAUUGAUUUCUAAACUAAACGAUAAUCAGAUAAUGUCGGAUAAGAGAAUUACAUUAGUCUCCAAAAUCUUGGAUAGUUUCAUCAACAGUACAGAGACCUUACAUAACAAUACUUUAAUAUUAGAUGAACGCUUGAAGAGAAUUGAAAGAAUUGUUAAAUUCCUAAUUACAAAAGAAGAAAACUCCAUUUAUUCUACCUAUGUCCUAGGUAUGUUUGACAUGUUUUUGAGUUAUUUUAGAACUAUUAACGUAAUACUAGGAGAAAUCGAAACUGCACUAGCAUUCAGUAAGGUAUCUGUUCUGCAUCAAGCAAUUUUUAACUCUACGGAAUUGUUAAAUUUAUUACAAUCAAUCGCGAUAACUGAAAAUCUAUUAUAUCCUGUAAAUGAAAAUAACUUAGUUAAACUAGAAAAUUGUAUUAAGGUUAAGGCUUUUAUAAAAGGAAACCAGAUCACGUUUAUCUUAGAGGUCCCUUUAGUAGGGAAUAAAACAUAUAGUUACUUCAAAAUGUAUUCAUUGCCAAUUGCUAUUGCAAACAAAACUAUUAUAGUUAUUCCCAAAUACCCAUACCUAUUGGUGAAAGAAAAGGAAUACUUGCCAGUCCCGAGAGCCUGCAAACAAAUUGCUUUGGAUAAUCAAUUCCUGUGCAAUACCGACGAUGUACUGCUGCAUACGGAACAAAGAUGCGUGGAACAGCUCAUGGAGUUUCAAUCAAACCUCGAUGCCUGUGAACAGCAUACUGUGGACAUUGAAGAUCCCAAAAUUCAACGAAUAAGCCACGAAAGCUGGAUACUGUACGUGAGAAAUCAUAGAAUACUUACCAGAAAGUGCGACAAUGACGUCACUCAUGAACUUUUAUGUGGUACUUACAUAAUCACCGUAGACGAUUUCUGUGAAGCCGAAAUUGGAAAUAUUCAUUUUAAGUACCACCAAUCUUCUUCAGAUGACCUAAAUUACCGAAUUUCCCCAAUGACUAACUUGCCAGAACUGAAGAUUUCGAAGCCUCCCAUUGGCAGUGAAGUGAGUUUAAAAGGUAUAAAUCUAGACGAAACUAAACAAUUACUUCAACUAGUAAAACUUAGCAAAAUAAAUCUCAGUGAAAAUGCAAAUGCUAUUAAUGUUAAAAGUGUGAGUUUAGGAACGUGGCGCAGUGGCUUAGCAAUCAAAAAAAAAAAAACGAUAAUUUUGUAUGUAAUUCUACCAAUUAUUUUCUGUAUUUUUAUUAUAAUUAGACAUAAACUGUGUGUAAUUAAGCGAAAUCAUCGGAUUCCUGAAAAUGCCGAUAAUUUCGCUCUUGAGGAGGGAAGAGUCAUGGAUUCGACCCCACACAGAGUGAUACAAGUACGUGCAUAA